AUGGUAUCGGAACCAGAAUUGAAAAGUUAUAUGGAUAAAAAGUUAUCAAUACAGCUAAAUGGAUCAAGGAAAAUUAUAGGUAUAUUAAGAGGAUAUGACAUAUUUUUAAAUAUCACAUUAACAGAUGCAUUGGAGGUUGAUUCUAAAGGUGAAAAAAUGAACAUUGGAGCAACGGUCAUUAGGGGUAACUCAAUUGUUUCUAUCGAGGCUUUGGAAAGUAUAUAA